AUGCUGAAUCUGGCUCGACGUACCUCUUCGGUUUCGCUCCCUCCACCAUCGUCGCCCCCAUCGGUCAUCUACGAAGGGAACAACUCUACUGCGGCGCGUGAACCGCUGUCUCCCGCGCAGACUCUGUGGACAGCGCCGUCUCCGAACCAGACGCUUGCUAACUCCAGCCCGGAGCUUCCUACCCUUGCAAGUCUCUCUGCUCUCGGGGGCAUUCCGCGUACUCCUUCCACCGUCGCAAGGCAAGAUAGGACCGAUACCUCCUACUACACCGCCAGCUGGGGAAGCCCCUACAGGCACCCGCCUCCGUCUUCCACCCGCCAACGGCACCCUUCGACACAGUUCGGCAGUGACGAUUUGGACGGCGACUCUGGUCUUCAAUUCGGUCUCGAGCAUCUGCUACCUCCAACGCUUGUUGGAGAUAACUCGCCCAACCGCUUCAAUCUCGAACAUCUUAUUCCACGUCUGCAGGACAACGCAUCGCCUAAUCAGUUCAAUUUAGAGCACCUAAUACCAUCUCGCGUUCCUGCCGCGCUCGAGACGCCUACGCAACCCAAUUUCGAUUCUGGUGCUACGCCGCGAGUCUCCAAGUUUGAUAACCAAGACGCGACUGAAGAGUGGGUUCGUCAGUUUUUGGAACGACGUUGGAACAACGAGACCAACGACUGGUUUAGCGACGAAACCGCCGGUAGUGACCCAGAAUAUAUACCGAGCUUCGAUCAAGAGCACACAGGAUCUCCAUCCGUUAAGAAGCAUAGACCGAGGAGGAACAACAAGACGUUGAAUCAGCAAGAUUUCUGGUCACAUUUCAGCAAGGGUCAAAAGGAAGAACUCGGCAAGAUGAUGGCCUCGAGAUACGCGAACCCUGACGCGGAUUCACAUUCGCGUCAGGGUUCCGGCACAAGCCUUCGAUCCGGCCUAGGCCUCAGCAGAUGGGCUGCGCAGCCCGCCUCUCCCGUCGAAAAGACUGCUCAAGAGCCUUCCCAACCAUCGGAAGACUUGUCGCAGAAGCCGUUGCUCAGUCCACCCGCUCAGUCCGUACCCCCGCCUGUUGCUCGACCGCGCACGCGGAAGAAGGUGAUGGUCAAGGGCAAGGGCGUUAUCAUUUCCAUUGCUCAAGAUAUCCCGCGAGGCACACCUGGCUAUCCUCCUAGGCCGAUGAGUCCAGGGGCAGUGGACGCGAAACUGCGGCAGUUCGAGCUCGAAGGCUACAACACGCAAGGCUUUCGUACCUGGCAGGACGUUGGUGCAACAGGUGGAAAGCCAUCUACGCAGAACCGAGGUAUUUGGCCAGAUGAGGAGUACAUCAGAGCAGCACGGUCUGCGGCGCCUAACGUGCGGAUCUCUAGAAAAGAAGAGUGGGAUGCUUACAUGAACCAUCUUGUAGAGGCGAAGCUUGCCGCGCUUGGUGUCGGUAUCGGUGGAGAGGAAGAGACACCCUCGCCGAUGUCGAGACAGGCUUCAGUGCAAUACCCGGGCUUGCCUUUUUCUCCACCGCUGCCUACACCUUCCGGAGGAAGCCAUCGCGGAAGGCAGGGGAGCAUUGUCUCUGGGUCCUUCCCACUUGGGCCGUCACCCGGACACAUGUCACGGCAGUCAAUUGCAUCACCAGCAGCAUUUGCCAACGUCCGCCCGAGCAUGCACAUGCACAGACACUCGACAUUCUCGCCUGCCAGCUUCAUUCAGCACACAGCUUCGCCUACUGGCGCGUUCUCUCCGGGCAAUUACUUCGGUAUGCAAGGACCACGUGGCGGCUCGCCUGCCUUGCCUUUGAGCAGGCCCGACCUUUCCGGAGUUGCCUCUCCAAGCUCUCCAUAUGGCAUGAGACCCAACCAGCAGUUUCCUUUUCCACAAGCUCCCAAGGAUGAUCUCCUGGUGCAGAUGCAACAACAGCAGCAGCUUCUUCAGAAUCAACUUAUGCAGCAGCAACAGCAGCAGGUCAUGGGACUUCGACCAUCAUCUACUCUUGCAGAAGUUCCUGAAGCUGAGAGUGAAGAGGAUGAGCUGCCGCUCAUGAAACAUGCGAACAAGCAUGGGCCAGAAAUUUUCGUACCCAGCCCUCAACGUGGCCAUCGUCACAACAUCAGCGCGAACCUCGAACGUGGUGCACGCGAUGCUGAGUAUCAUCUCGAAGAGGCGAUCGACAAACAGUUCAACGAAGGAGGAGACUUUAGUACUGAACCGGAGACAACCGAGGAGCUCAGGCCAUCUAAGCCUGUAGCUGAACCAAUAUGGGAAGGCUCACGCCCCGUCCUGCACCAGCCACAACCGCACAGCAGAGCCCAUUCGCUUGCUAAGCCUCAGCAGUCCGCAUUCACAUUCGGCGCUGCGCAAGAGAAUCCUCGCGGUGACAGCGAUGGAGCAAAGACCAAUAUCUCUGACGUAACGAAUCCUAGUCUGGAAGAAGGCGAGGUUCGUGAGAUCGAUACUGCACAGCACUCAAAGACGGCAUCCCAGCUUAGCAACUCAUGGAGAGAUGCGAAGUUGGCCUUUGGAAAGCCCAGCUCUGCGAUGCAUAGCAAGCAUACGUCGCAGUCUUCGAUAUCCAAACUCAACGUCGAAGCUAAAGAGUUCAAGUUCAAUCCCGCUGCUUCGUUCAGUCCAUCCCUGUCCUCCAGCUUUUCGUCUUUUACACCUGCGCUCAAGAGCCCUGCCGACGGUGCCUCGGUGAGCAACAGAACAAGUGUAGAUGGCAUGUCCAACAUGAGCGUAACUGCGCCGGUUUUCAAACCGGAUGCGCCAGUCUUUAAGCCAGAUGCAGCUUCAUUCAAGCCCGCCAUCGACGCACCGGUCUUUAAGCCCACAGUCAAUGCCCCGACUUUCAAGCCUUCAGUUCCGGAAUUCAAGCCUGUCGUCGAAGCUCCCGUCUUCAAACCUUCUGUUCCAGAAUUCAAGCCUGGCAGCUCGUUCAUGCCUAAGAGCGGCUUCAGCUUCUCCUCCAAUGGGCCGUCCUUCAAGCCUGAGGUUCCUGCUUUUGAUCCUGGCAGCGGAGAGUUCAACCCGAGUGUAUCUGUAUCAAGCAAUUCCUCUAACAUCUUUGGCAACGUCAACAUCACCGCGGAUGAUAUUAUCAAGCCUGCCAAGCGCUCUAAGGCCGUACCUAUUGUACGCCCAGACGCUACACGCCAGAAGACGCCAGAGAAGGAACCUGAAGAAGAAGAACGCGAAGACGAGGAGGGUCGUAUUGCCAACCCCGAAGGACGCGAGAAGCGCGCGCGACGUGGCCGUGAUGAGGGUGACGAUGUUCCCAGGUUCGCCCUGCAGCCUUUCCUUCCAUCCCAAGCUUUGGGCGAACUCCGACAAGGCCGAGCACCAACGCAAAGCCCUGAAAUCGAAAAAGAGGAUGUGCCGGAGCAGAAGGAGAACGUCUCUCCAGCUGUUGCGCGGGCACAUUCCAAGUCGAAGAGCCCUGAGCGUCUGCAGAAGGCGAAAUCCACGAUCGAAUCUGCUAUACCUAUAUCACGAGCUGAGGAGUCUGCUGAUUCGAAGACGCCGAUUGAUGAUCUGUCAGCUCACGAAAGCGAUGCCGCUACCCCUACUGUUGAGGAAAUGCCGAGACCGGCUUUCAGGAAGCACAAAAGUUCGCUUUCAGCGACCGCCAGGCCCUUUGAGUUCCGACCGUUUGCACCUGCUGGUGGUUAUGACUUCGGCGGCAUUCAUAUCACGAAGCCAUCUGUAUCUCAGAACGACGAACCUGACAAGGCUCAUGUGAGCCCGCCGCGGUUCGCAAGCCGUAGUCCUGCGACCACCUUCCGACCAAGUGACGAUGGGUCAUUCAAGACUGCACUGGAAUCACGGAGGCACGCGCCGUACCCUGAGAGUGAGAGCCUUGACUUUGACAAUCUUGGCGAUGCUUCGUUCAACGACAUUGACGCUGUGAUGAAGCACAUGAACGACGAAGGAUCGGACUUUGGAAUCGAACGUGAUGAAUCGUGGGAGCAAUCUUCUCCGAGAAGAUCUGUCCAUGACUUUGAACGUUCAGACCUGCCGCCGAACGCUAAGAUUCUGCGUAGCGACGCGCCUAGUCCUAGUCCCCGUAGACUAUACGCGCCACGCAACAUGCACGCCUCUUCAGCCUCUGGCGUCACUCAAGAUCCCUUCGAUGACGAUCGCGCCGCAUAUGAAUCUCCAGUGCACCGCUUGAACAACGCAGAUGAAGUACCCAUGAGUGACUGGGAUGAGGGUAUUCUGUCCGAAGGCGAAGACAAGAUCCAAACACGCAGUAGAUUCUUCGACACGCACGUUGAUGAUAUCAUCGGGCGUCUCCUUCAGAACCGGCUCGGGCCGAUGGAGCAGAACCUGCAGAGUAUUCAAGAUGCCAUUGCUAUGAUGUCGCAGCGACCUGGUCGUGGCCGUCGCAGCUUGUCGACUACUGAACGUCUCGACAGCGAUGCUGAUGACGAGGAUGACGAAUGGGGCACUGAUUCGCACUACCGUAACCGCUCGCCUGGAAAGAACCGCAAGUUGGAGAAAUUCAGGGCAAUCGUCAGGGACGCGCUAGAGGCGCACCAGCCACCCGUCACCUCCCUUCCUGUGCCUGUUCCGGAACCUGUACUACCAGAGAAGAUCCGCGACAUUGUGGCCGAGGCCCUCACUGCGCACCAGGCACAAGCAGCACCCGCCGAUCACAUGAAGCCUGAAAACAUACGCGACGUAAUCAUGGAAGCGCUUGCCCAUCACCAGCCUCAGUGGACCCCUCCCAAGUACGAACCUGUACCGGCUGACCAAAUUCGUGCGAUCGUAGAGGAUGCCAUUGUGGCACACAACCCCGCUGCUCCUACCGAGUCCAUCAAGCCUGAUGAAAUCCGUUCUAUUGUCGCUGAAGCAAUUGCUGCGCAGACCGCUAAACCUACCACUGAGCCCCUUCAACCGGAUGAUAUCCGCCUCAUCGUAAUGGAAGCUUUCGAGACGCACGCUCCACCGGCACCGCCCAUGCCUGUGCCCGAGCAAAUCUGGCCCGAGGACAUCAAAUCGAUCAUCACGGAAGCUUUGGAACAGAAGCAGACCGCCGAGCCUCUUCUUCCUGAGGCUGUUCGCAGCAUUAUCGACGAUGCACUAACAGCUCACAAGCAGCCAAGCGAGUCUUUGCAACCGGAGACUAUCCGCUCCAUUGUCACCGAGGCACUUGUGUCACACCAGCCUCCUGCACCUCCCGCUCUGCCAGUCAUUCAAGAACCUCAACCUGAGGCGAUUCGUGCCAUCGUUACUGAAGCGCUUGCUGCUCAGAAGCAAGCUCCGGUCCUGGAGGCUCCAAUUGAUAUUCCUCAGCCUCAAGUCGACAUGUCUGAGAUCUACCAGGUCAUCGGCAGCUUGAAGGCUUCUAUCGCACAGACUACAAGCCAUCACUUGCAUGCUGAAGACGUUCGCGAGCUCAUUGACGAUGCAUUCAAGCGACAGAGCAUGGAAGUCGCUAAGCGUGAAGAGGCCCAGGCUGUCCAGGAGAGAGAUGCACGCAUCGAAGAUCUGGAGGAAAUGCUCAAGGAGACUACCCUUCGAUUCGAUGCCGAGGCGGAAGCACGCAAGGAUCUCGAACUUCGCGAAGCGAACAGCGCACGCCUACUUGACGUCACUGAGAAGGAGCUUGCGCUGCUCAAAGAGCAAGCUGCCGAUGACGAGACAAAAAUUCGCGUCCUUGAAGAGGAGCGUGAGCUGUCUCGCCGCAGCCUUGAUACCAUCGCAGCAGAGGAAGACGAGGUCCGCAGCAAGUUCGCCAAGUUGCAGGUUGAACAUGAUGAACUGCGACUCCGAACCGCCGCCAUUGAAGGAGCCGAAUACGACGCAAAGAAGAAGCUCGAAGCUGUCACCGCUGAGAACGAGGCCCUCACUUUCACCCUUGAGGAACACCGUCUCUCUGCUAACAAGUGGCGUGACGACCUUAAGCACGCUCACGAGGAGACUGAAAGGAUGCGCCUGGCUAUUGAACAAUCGCGUCUCCAGGCCGAGGAGGCCACACGAGUACGCGAAUCCAUGCGUGCCAAGUUUGAAAAGCUUCAGCAAGAUGUGACUGUUGCAACCGGCCAGGCUGCUGCUGAGCGUGCUCAAUGGCAGAAGGGUGACGAAGAGCAUAUGAAGAAGUACGAAAUCCUCAGUGCUCGCAUUGAAGCCGAGGGUCGUACCCGUGAACGCCUCGAGCGCGAGCUGGAACGACUGGAGGGUCAAGAACGUGAGUUCAUGAAGCUUAGAUUCACGCUUGAGCAGACGCAGAAGCACAACGCUAGGCUUGAAGAGACGAUUGAGCAAACCAGGCAAGGGAGCAUGGAGCACAAGCGAGCCGCCGAGCGGUACGAACGCGAGUUCCGUGAAGCCAGAGAAGCCGCACACGCUGAAAUUCGCCGCAUGCGUACACUGAUGGAGGCCGACAUCGACAAAGCCAACAACCAGGUCAACAUCGUCCGACAUGAUCUCGAAAGCGAAAUCGCUCGAGUUCGCACUGAGCUUGACAAUGUACGCAUGGACGCCGACACCGCCAAGGAGAAGCACGAGCUCGAUCUGGAGGCCGCUGCCGAUGCGAAGAGUGCAGCUGUUGGAGAAGCGUUGGAAAAGAACACUCUCGCCCUCCUCGAGCAACAGCAGGCAUUCGAACGCCGCGUGGAAGCUAUCAACCUGGAGCACGCUCGUGUGGUGGACAUUGCUCGCGAGGACGAAGAACGAGCAACCUUGUUCCACAACGAGCGCAUGGCGCUUGCGGAUUCCAAGAUGGACAAUCUUCGCGACAAGAUUGCUCUCCUCGAAGAGAAACUCUCUGUGGCAAAGGAAGCAGCCAGUGCCGCCGCUGCUGCUGCCCAAAAUGUGAAGUCACCUGCUGGCGCGCCAACCUCAUACGCUUCGGGUACAGAGAAGAUCUCACCACAGGCACUGCGAGAAUCCAUUUCCGUAUUGCAGGAACAACUGCAGGAACGCGAAUCGCGCAUCGAGUCACUCGAGCACAAGCUGACUGAAGUUGACACCGACGCUCCUGCCAAAUUGAAGGAGCGUGAUACAGAGAUCAACUGGCUCCGUGAGCUCCUCGGUGUUCGCAUUGACGAUUUGAGCGACCUCAUCAACGCGUUGGCUCAGCCUGCUUUCGACCGCGAGAGUGUGCGUGAUGCUGCCAUUCGCAUCCGCACGAACCUGCAAAUGGAGCAAUCUGAGAAGGAGCGCCUGAUCACAGGCGGCCAGAAGUCCCUUCCCACGCUGUCGACGCUGUCUAACUUUGCUUCUCCCAAGGCCGUACAGCUCGCUGCCGCCUUUGGCAACUGGCGCAGCAAAGGUCGUGAGAACGCCGCCUCUGCUCUCGCAGGUAAUUCGAGCAACCCAGCAUCGCGCAAUCAAACCCCUUCCCGCCCGGCUCCACCUUCGGCCCAAUCAUUCCUUUCCGGCCUCAUGACACCGCCAACGUCCAACCUCCGCCGGACACCCGACCUCCCGUCUUCAGGUGCUCGCCCGCAGCCACUGCUUCGUACCAACUCGACGAGCUCACGAGGCUCCGCCGCCGGCUUCCCUAGCCUGGGCAAGCAGCCCAUACCCAGCACCCCUCCGCUACUCCGCAAAGCAUCGUACGACCAGGAUGCAGAGGUCGAACGCUUUAGCGAAAGCGGUUUCUACGACGAUGAAAGCACCGUCGAUGGAGACAUGACGCCCAUCGGUCUACACUUUGGACAAGCGCUUGACCGGUGA